UUUUCUUGAUUGUCAUCUUAUCAGAAUGAUUGUGUCAAUUAUUUCUUUUUAAAUUUUCCAGAUUCUGUAAUGACAUUAGUCUGUUUACAGCAGUAUCAAUUAAUAGCAAAAUAGUAAUUUUUAAAGUAAAUACCUUGAGGAACGCAUAACCUGUCCAGAAAUUUUAUUAAUAGAGGAGAUAUCUGUGAUUUUCAUGAAACUCUUUAAUGAUUAGUAAACGGGUAGCAGCGUAAAAUUAUAGAUUUUUCUGAUUGUCAAGUAUUGCCCAGUCUUUUUUUUUAGCCCUUUUCUCUCUUUAAAAAUUAUUUACUUUCCUAUCAAUAUCAGAUGAAAUUUCUGAUUUGUACCUAAGAAGAAAAAAAUCAUAGUUUAUCGUGACAGGAGAUCUACUCCUAUCAAAUUUUUCUUACAUCAAUGUAUAAUUUUUGUAAAAAUUAUUAAAUACAAAUUUUGGAAACAAUGUGGUAAGGUGACAAUUGGAAGCUUAUCAAUGUCUGUCUUAACGUGUGCUGCAAAAAUUUGAACCUUGUUUCUUCGUACAGGUUUCUCUAAUAAACUUCAUAGCCUCUUUGUGCGGUGCGGGUGGAAUCCAAGCUUUCAAAACUAUGAGAACGUUGAGGGCUCUGAGACCGCUCAGGGCCAUGUCUAGGAUGCAAGGGAUGAGGGUUGUGGUCAAUGCCCUAGUGCAAGCCAUUCCAAGUAUUUUCAACGUGUUGCUCGUUUGUCUGAUUUUCUGGCUGAUUUUCGCCAUCAUGGGAGUACAACUUUUUGCUGGAAAGUACUAUAAGUGUGUCGAUGCAAAUGGGACGACCCUCAGCCAUGAAAUAAUCCCUGACAGGAAUGUAUGUGUUGCUGAAAAUUACACAUGGGAAAAUUCGCCCAUGAACUUCGAUCACGUGGGCAAAGCUUACCUAUGCCUUUUUCAAGUCGCUACUUUCAAAGGAUGGAUUCAAAUAAUGAAUGACGCUAUUGACUCAAGAGAGUUGGGAAAGCAACCAAUUCGAGAGACAAAUAUUUACAUGUAUUUGUACUUUGUGUUCUUCAUUAUAUUUGGAUCCUUUUUCACGCUCAAUCUGUUUAUUGGAGUCAUCAUCGAUAAUUUCAAUGAACAAAAGAAAAAG